UGAUAUAUAACUUUCCUUGUUCCUUAACAGCGAGGUCCUAUAUAAAUAAAUCCACCUUGCAACGUCCAACAAAUUUACAGCUUGCUGUGAAGAUACUACUUUUGCAGUUUUUCAUUAUAAGGAAUUAUCAGCGCGGCCAGUAAAAAUGGAGACCCGGAUUUUGCUUCUUCUUGUUUUAUUUGAUUGCGGUUUGCUGGCGGACGGGUGUAGUGGUAAUAGAAAGGACAAGGACAGUGGCUGUAAGUGGCGAGUAGAAGUAGAAGUGGAAUGCAGGCGUAGACGGUCUUUAGACAAUAAAGAUAAUGAGAAACAGAUGACGGGUUCUGAAAAGAAGGAAGCACCUUUCAGUAUCAAGCUUAGAAGUACUCCUUGUAGUUUCAAUUCCUAUGACGUCGAUCGAGACGGGACGAUAACUAAAGAGGAAGUACAAGCUUUAUUAUGUGGACAUGAGGACGCUGAAAUGCUAUUUUCGGAGUUCGAUGUCAAGCCGGAAGAUGGAGUUAUUAAACCUGACGAGUUCUAUUCAACGGCACCUCUUAUCAUAGCUGAAUGUUCCAACUCUGACAAGACAAGUGACCUUAAAGUGGAAUAAAACAGACUGAACGAAUUUGCAGAAUAGGUGAACAAAGGAAUAUGCAUCAAGUACCGACAGAUGACCCCGAUGUACAUUAUGCGCUUGUUCAGCUUGUUUUAUUGCUACGCCAGCCAGUAUGACUGAUAUUUAAUAUGUUUUCAUUCAGUUGUGUGUUGUUGGUACGCCAACCGGUGUACCUGAUGUUCUUUUAAUGUUUUCAUUCAGCUUGACACAAUGUGUUUUGCUAGGUGUACCGAUAUUCCUAAUGUUUUGUUUUAGAUUAUCUGUCACCUUGUGUUAUUGGUACGCCGAAUAAUAUGUCUAAUGUUUUUUUAUGUUUUCAUCCAGCUUGUGUUAUUGCUUGGUGUAUUCUAUGAUUUCACCCAAUUCUGUGUUAUUGCUACAUCGGCUGAUAUGCCUAAUGCUAUAACUUCAGCAAAUAUUGCAGGAAAUAGAGUGAAAGAUAUGGGUACGAAACACCUAAAUGAAUAUACCAAAUUAAAAAUAUAUUUUGAAAUGUACGACUGAAAACACGUUACUACUAAUGUUGCGCAUUCUGACCUACCGAAGUAUUAGCUCUUAAUAAAUCAAUAGAAUAAAUUUAACAAAUAUAUAUGUACAUAUGUGUAAGCAAUUGAUGAUCUCCGUACACAUUUAUGUCAUUUGAGAGUGAUAAGUUUCUGUCUCGGUGUGCGAUUGUUGAGGUCUAAUUAUUUGAAGAGUGAAACACAGGCCUCAAGUCCGUGAAAGAAUACAGAAGACAAAUGCUUGAACUUAGAUGUUCAAUUUCAAAUCAGACAUCAAUUCCUAUUCAUAUUAAUUAUCCAAUGAGUUUUAAUAUAUUAUAUUCCUCUUCGAAAAAGGACACUUUGCCUGUGUAUGUUACGCAACUUUCGAUUUUUCUAUAUAAGAACUUUCUCAUCUUUUGAAAAACUCAACCCAUCAGGCAUUUUAUUUCUUUCGCCUUUUCAAAUUAUGAUUCAGUUUGUUGAUUGACUUUUAUCAAGAAAUAAUUUAUAGGAAGUAAGACAAGAAACAGUUUACUAGAUGAAACAAUCGAGUAGCACUUUUAUUGACAAUUUUAUUGACAAUCUUAUACUAUUCCUUUUGGUAACUUUUUUUCAGCAUUCCGUGCUUUUUACUGCAUUUUUAUAAUACAUUGCACAAGAUAUCAAUAAAUGCUAGAAGCGGC